UCCGCCGAGAGGUGACUCCGGCGCCAGGAGCGGCGGGGGAGGGAGGCCGAGCCAGGAGCGCCCGCGAACACCCGCCGGCCGCCCGGGCUCACCUGGCCAGCAUCCUCUGCCAAUAUGGCUCGCCGGUCACAGAGUUCCUCACAGGGGGAUAAUCCCCUGGACCCCAACUACCUUCCACCCCACUACAAGGAAUACUACCGCCUGGCCCUGGACAAGCUGGCUGAGGAAGGUGAGGAGAGCUACCAUCGCUUCCUGGCCAAGGAGGAAGUCCCGGAUUUCCUCUGUGCCUCAGAAGUGGAACAUAUCGUCCAGCACCUGCAGAAGCCUCAGUAUGCCAGUCAGGAGGGUGGCGGCAGCACGGACUCUGGCCCUGGGGACACAGACGCCGACGGCUCUUCUGGCACUUACUGGCCCAUGAACUCUGACCUCGCUGUCCCAGAGCUGGAUCUUGGCUGGCCGAUGGUCUUUGGCUUCCGGGGGACUGAGGUGACGACUCUGGUACAGCCUCCACCCCCAGAUAACCCCAGCAUCAAGGAGGAGGCCCGGAGGAUGAUCCGUGCCGCGCAGCAGGUUGUGGCCAUCGUGAUGGACGUCUUCACGGAUGUGGACCUGCUGAGUGAGGUGCUGGACGCAGCUGCGCGCAGAGUUCCCGUCUAUAUCCUGCUGGAUGAGAUGAACGCCCAGCUCUUUCUCGACAUGGCGGCCAAGUGCAGAGUGAACCUGAACUACGUGGAAUUCCUGAGGGUGCGAACAGUAUCUGGCCCUACCUACUACUGUCGCACGGGGAUGUCAUUCAAGGGGCACGUGAAGGAGAAGUUCCUGCUGGUGGAUUGCAUGGUGGUGCUGAGCGGCAGCUACAGCUUUAUGUGGUCGUUUGAGAAGAUCCACCGAAGCAUCGCUCAUAUCUUCCAGGGAGAGUUGGUAGCCAGCUUUGAUGAGGAAUUCCGCAUUCUUUUUGCACAGUCAGACCCUUUGGUUCCUCCUGCCAAUGUCUUGAUGAAGGCAGAAAGCCUCAUAGCACCCUAUGGCUUGGCACCUUUUGGCAACAAUAUGCCCUUAUUCCCGAAGAAACCUCACCUGCUGUUCCCUAGAGAAGACAACCUAUUCUCCCCAUUUGUGGACAGAGUGGAUCCAGACAGAUACUUCUUGUCUUCUUUCAGAAGAGAUGACCUGUUGCGCCACACCAUGGAGGGUUCAGCAAUGAGAAUGUACUCCAAAAAGAUGGAAAUGGAAAAUGCCCAAAUGGAUCCUUUCCGGGGUUUUCUCCACUCCAAGCAACUGGAGAUGGAUUCAUUUAAAAGGCAUAGCUUUGCAGAGGGAACCUUUGAGAACUUCUCUGCUUCAAAGCAAUAUUCCAGACAGAUGUUCAUGAACAAUCUGGAUGAAUUUAAAAUCCAAUCAAGCCAUUUUCAGAAGGACCAGUUCUAUCAGUACAAGUUUGAACAUCCUCACGGAGCAAACAGGCCUCAGGGACUCUUUGAAAGAAUCCGAGGUGGCAGAACAGGGUUCGGUGAAUUGGAGGAUUAUACAGAUGCCUUAAGGUGCCCAGAACUGGAAUCCAAUUUCCCUCAUGAGAACUUCCCAUUGCGGCUGGAUUAUGUGCCUUCUAAUUCUUCCAAGGAAGUGAGACAUGGCUCUGACCAAGUGAAUCCAGCCGGAAACGGCCUUCUGGGGCUACCGCCUCUGAAACGGCAAAACAUGGGGCAGAAGUUCAUGUGCCAGACGUCCCCUACCCAGAAGCAGAGCCUGGAACAAAGGCUGUUUCUGCACGAGCAAGAUCAGGGUGCUGAUCAUGACAAGAAAACGCAAGAGAACAGGGCAGGUUUGCGCAACUGGAGGAUAUCCUCGUACCUGAGCGGGUGUCAGUCAGACUCAGGAGAAGAGGGACUCCCAACGCCAAUGGAAUCGGAGGCCUUCAGCGAGGGGCCGAGUCUUGCAGAGCCUCUCACCAGGUACCCGAGUGACCUCCUUCCCUCUUUCAAACCCUCGCUGCCGUUUAACAGUGCCAAAGAAAUAGCUGGGGCUGACAAAGCAGGCGAGGAGCCCUCUGUCUUGAAGCAGGACCCGUUCAGGAGCAGGAUAAACCCCCUGAUCCAGAGGAGCUCACGACUUAGGUCUUCCCUUAUUUUUAGUACUGCCAAGCUGGACCAGCAAAGCACAUCAGCUGAGAAAGUUCAGGUGCUCCAGAAAGAGCAGACGUCCAGCGAGAUCACGAGAGAUCAUGAAACGGUCAAAACUUCCACAACCUCCAAAGUAGCUGAGCUGCUAGAAAAGUACAAGACGGCAGGCAAAGACUCAGAGGGUACCACAGUCAGUCACUCGAAGGCCAUGUCAACAUUUCUCCAGGAGGAAUCCCAGAACGCAGAGAAGAAAUGUACCAAAUCGGUGCAGUAUAAGAUUUUGGAGAGCAGGGUACUGGACUCCAAAGACACCUUGAGUUAUAAGCUGCACACCGAGUCCGAUGCACAGUUUGGAGUGUCCCCUUCAUCCAGCCAACUCACGGAUGCCCUUAGUAAGGACACUAUAGCACAGAUUAGCAGUAAAAUGGACAAGUUAUCUUCUCGAUUUUAUCCAAUAGACAACAAACCCAGUCUUCCAGAGAAGGAGAGCCUCAUCUUUGUGGGAGAAACUCAGAAACUUGCUCUUCCAGAAAAGAAGGAGAAACCGUCAUUCAAAGGAGAAGUUCAGAACCCAGCUGUUGCGGAAUUUACAAAACCAGUACAAACAGAGACUGGUGUGAUAUCAAAGCCUGAGGGCUCCUCAAAGAACCAGGACUUGGACAACUCACUCAGUAAAUUGGAGGAAGAAUGUUGCAAGCAAGAGCAGAGCCCCAGAGAGUUUUUCAGGAAAGGGUCACUAAGGCUAAAGCAGCUGUUAAGCCCCAAAGGUGAGAAGAAGUCUGAAGAAGAAACUGUCUCUGAAAGCUGGAAGUCAGACAAGCAGAGUGUGGGCCUCCUCAAGCGAUUGUCCAAGGGUGAUUAUCAAGAAAUCACAGAGGAGGAGAAAUCUCCAAAGCUGACUUCAUCAUCUGUCCUUAAAGGGAAUCCACCUCGGUUUCCGACAUCGACUGCCAAUGUCCUCUACAGUAGUAACCUCCGUGAUGACACAAAGGUAAUUCUGGAACAAAUUUCUGCCAAUAGUCAGAAGAACCGAGCAGAGCUGGCUAGGCAUCUUCCAGUUGCUGGCAACCCUGAGCUGUCCAAGUCCACCACCAGUUUGGACAACAAAAGCGAAGAGAAAAGCAGCACAGUAAUCAGCCGGUCAGAGAGCUUUGGCAGCCAUAAGAGGCUAAUUCAGAGGGAGCCUUCUGAGGACAGGGAUUCCCUCCUGAAAAGGAUGGAGAGCAUGCGGAAAGAGAAGCGGGUCUACAGCCGUUUUGAGGUCUUCUGCAAGAAGGACGAACAGGGUGAAGAGGAAUGUGACGCAGAUGCCAAAGACAAGAAGAUGGGGAAGUUUAUGCCCAAGCUCCUGGGAACAUUCAAAACCAAAAAAUGACCUUCAACUUGCUGUCUAUUUCCACCUACCUGGUCCAGAGACACUGCCUGGGAAUAAAAGGGUGGUGGUAGACCCUAUUGACCCAGACAACUGUACUUGCCCACCCAUCCUAAAUGCUGAACAGGUUUGGCUGGGUGGCAGGGGAAGUGCCGGUCAGUUGAACUGUGACCAAAGGUCAUAUUGUGCAAUAGGAUGCUUCCACCUCCCGCCAAACCCCUUCAGUGCGCUAAUGGAAACCCCACAAAGGGAGUCCCAUAACCAAAGCAGCUUUCUCUGGCAAUAAGUGAAACACCAACUCUAAGCUAAUCUGCCAGGCCUGUGAGCCUCGCCGAGCUGUUUUUUUGAUAAAGAUCCAUCCUGCACAGUCUAAGAUGACUACUGUGACUCAGGACAGCACCUCUGGCUGCUCUUCCAAGGCAGAGCCUUUUGCUCUUAGCUGCAGCAGAGGCCUCCUUGACCAGCACUGACCCGCCUGGGAAGCCUUAAGCAGGCUUUUCAAAUGCUCUUGCUUUGUGGGAGGACUGGGUGGCAGGGAGGGGGUCCAAGGGCAUGCCUGGGGAGAGCAGAAUGCAGGGUUAGUAAAUAUACUGCUCACUCUUUCAAAAAAUUUCACAGGGGUUUUUUUUUCAGUGCUUCCUCAAAUUGCCAAAUUUUUCCAAUGGAAAUUUAAAAAAAGAAAAAAUCCUCCGAGUUGUGUCAUGCAAUAGAUUGUAUUAAAACCUUGUCUUAAGAUUU